AUGCACAUGCGACGGAUAUUCUUGCUGUUUGGCUGCUACUUUGUGGUUCUGACACUUGCGUACGACGACGCCGAUGAGGGAACUUACACUGAUUUUCUUCCACUUUAUCUGAUCGGUUUUCCAGUGAUAGCGAUUUCCGUAAGAAUCACGAACUUUCUUAAGAAGCUCGCUUACGCACUAAAUCCAGAUACUUACGUCAGUCGAGUGAAACGAGCGCAAGCUUUGAUACACGACGAAGAGAUUUUAGACGUUGAACAAAUCGAAAAGAAACUGGUAGCCGAGUUUGGAAAUAACGUUUGCCUCUACGAGAGGACUUGCACCAAAUAUGCGGAACGAACGCUCGCGAGACGAAGUCGGGAACGUGUUCUCGAUUGGACCAAAGUGUUCAGAGAAUAUAGAUCAUCGCCCAAUCCGAUGAAGGAGAAUUAUUUGCUGAGCGUAUUUCUUGGCGACAUUAUCGGCAGUCCGAAGUUAUGUCAUUUAUUGGCGGAGAGAGGAAGAUCCUGCGAUGCUAUCUUCCCGGACUGA